AUCGGGAGAGAAAUGAAGAGAGCAUUGAGUGCUUACGCUGCCGUACUGAGGCUAGUGAGGCGGUUGCCGGAGGAUACAAGGCCUUACUACGCAAAAUAUGUCCGCGAGAACUUCGUCAACUACAGAGACGUCGAGGUCUCCGAUCCCAAAUCCCUCGAUGAGCUCUUCCACAGGGCCUACAACCACUCUCUCUGGGUCCUCAACAAGUAUUCUAUUGACGAAUCGGCCGCGAAGAAGCUAAAAGAGAUCUGCCUCAGAUGAUGAAUGAAACUCAUCAGUCUUUGGGGCAGCAAGGGAGCAUAGCCUGCCAGGGUGACUUAAAUCCGUUCAUUUUCUUCCAAAGCAGGAGUUUAACGUAGAUUCGUUCAAUAUGCGCUAUCUUUUUGUCAGUUGUUUCAUUCAGAGCAUCUCCAACGGGAGAUUGAGAUGCAAAUGAAGAACAAAAUGGCCUAACUGUCAUUUUGUUCCCCAAACGACAAAAGCAAGUCUUCAACGCAGUAACAAAAAAUGAUGAUGCCAUUUCUUGUAUGUAAAAGUAAAACAUGAUCCAGAGGAUUGGGAAAUCAAGUAGAUAUGUAAAAGGGCAGUUAGGCAAAGAUAUUUGCUGGGUUUUGGGGUUUCAUAUAUGAAGACGAGGGUUUUGAGAAAUGAUUAUUCAUUUGGUCACUUGGGUAUUUGGG